ACUUUACUUAUUGUCUUCCCUUGUGCGGAUGCGGUAGCAAGACUAACGAAUACGUUUUCCCACUUUAACGCUGUUCAUGGAUUCCAAUGACACGUUUUUUUUAAGUAUUGGCGCCCACACAACACGCCUGUGGAAGUCCGAGGCGCAGGUUUUAUUCUCCCACGUAGCCCCAACCCCGAAGACCGUAUCGGCUCUCAAGUGCAACAAAGACACCACAACCGGCGCCCGCACGGAGGGCCUGUGCCGUUUUCUGCUUUCGCUCUGGCGCGUCCAUCUGUUCCACCUGGCGGGGAGAGUCCUUCUGCUUGUCGACCCUGACGACCACCCCCAGUUCGGCCGUCUGUGUCUCCGCGUCCUCGCGGCCCUGGGCCUGUCACAAUUCCCCCGUGCGCUGGCUGUCACCGCGACGCCCUUCCCCCUUUUUGCCGCCCGUCUCCACGGCACAAGCGGGGCGACCGUCGUCGUCGACCUCGGCCACAUCUGCACCCGCGUCGUGCCGAUCGCCCACGGGAUCAUCUUGAGCAAUUCCAUUGCCUACUGCGCGGGUCUGGGCACCGUGCCUUUUCCCGGAACAAGCUUUGAGGAGCUCUUCAGGCGUUUCUCCACCAACCAGCCGCUCGAUCUUCCAGAGGAUCACACGAAAACCGAACUCGUUCCCUCUGCUUUAGACUAUCUAUUCGCACUUGAAGAGUCCUUACACGAAGUUUCUGCGUGGUGUCGUCAAAAUUAUUUGGCGUCGUGUGUGGGCGUGGUGACGGUCUGCGGUGGGGGCAGCGAUAUUCCUGGCCUACGUCACUUAAUCUACGCCAUAGUUCAGAAAUGCGAAACCUUCGGCCGAGUCUAUUGGAGUUAA